UUCUUUUUUUGCUGCCUCCUUCACUUUUUGUCCUCUGGGACGCCGUCUCCGCCACGUCCUUGCGUCCACUGUAACCUCCCAGCGUCAUGGAGAGUUUGGAGAAGCAGCUCAUCUGUCCCAUCUGUCUGGAGAUGUUUUCUAAACCAGUGGUCAUCUUACCAUGUCAACACAACCUCUGUCGCAAGUGUGCCAACGACGUCUUCCAGGCAUCCAACCCCUAUCUGUCAUCCAGAGGUAGCUCCGCCUUGGCAUCCAGUGGUCGCUUUCGCUGCCCAUCCUGCCGUCAUGAGGUGACUCUGGAUCGCCAUGGAGUAUAUGGACUGCAAAGAAACCUUCUGGUGGAGAACAUCAUUGACAUGUACAAACAAGGAACCAGCAGCAAAGCGACGCUUCCAGCAACAGAGAGGGUGGAGCAUCCCACGUGCGAGCAGCACGAAAAUGAAAAGAUCAACAUCUACUGCAUAAGCUGUGCCACCCCCACGUGUUCCCUGUGCAAGGUGUUUGGAGCGCAUAAAGACUGUGAUGUGGCACCGCUCGACGUUGUCUUCGACAAACAGAAGGCUGAGCUGAGCGAGUGUAUUGCACUGCUCGUGGGCGCCAAUGAGAGGAUUCAGGCUGUUACCGCUCAGAUCGAGGAGACCUGCAGAGUUGUCGACGACAACGGUCGGAGACAAAAGUCCAAGGUUUGCGAAUCAUUUGACCAUCUCUUUGCCGUCCUGGAGGAGCGAAAAAGUCAGAUGAGCGUGCAAAUCAGUGCUGAGCAGGAGGAGAAGAUGGACUACAUCAGAGGCCUGAAGAGGAAAUACAGUGAACAUCUGGACAACGCUGCAAAACUUCUGGAAAACGCCAUUGAGACCAUGAAUGAGUCUGAGAUGGCCGUCUUUCUGCAGGCUGCCAAGCCACUGCUGCACAAGAUCAUGGAGGCAACUGACACGUCCCACUUAGACAAAGUCCAGCCCGGAUACGAGAAGAUGGACCACUUGACAGCUAACUUUGAGCACCAAAAAAGGGCGCUGAUGAGCGUGGACUUCCUCAAACCAGAGAAAGAUGAUGAUGGCGAUGAAGAGGAAAAAGCGGCGGAAGUCAGAGGGUCAAAAGUGGGCAGAACACCAGAACCGUCUAGUCAUCAGCCUGCUCUUUCACAGUCACAUGUUGUUACACCUGUAAAGGCCCUGGCCCCUAUGACCAUACAGGCCAGAGUUCCUCCUCCGGAUAGCCAGGCCCCGCCCCCUUUCACCCUACCCAGUGCUCACCCCGACCCACAGGGAUCACCUGAUCAACAAAACAAUGUGGAUGAUACAGAAGAUGGACGGAAACAUGUCUUCUCUUUCAGCUGGCUCAACCACAAGUGACUUCCUCCUCUUCUUGCUCCUCCUUUUUUUUACAAGUUGACAAAAAUUACACUUUUCUUUCUUGU